GAGGAGAAGCCGGAAGCAUACCCCAACGGACCGAUCUGCAUUUAUGAGCCCAACGUCUAUCUCUACCUCGAGCCGACAGCAGCACAAGCCAGCACAUUCGAUGUCAUUCUCAAUGUGGCGAGUGAAGUCCGAAAUCCUUUCAAAUACGUCGCUACAUUGGCCGAGGAAAAGCAGCCAGAGUACAUUCACAUCCCUUGGGAACACAAUAGUGAUAUUGUACCAGAGCUUCUCGGCCUAUGUAAAAUGAUGGAUGAAAAAGUCAAUGAGGGCAAACGGGUACUCGUUCACUGUCAAUGCGGCGUGAGCCGUUCUGCAAGUCUCGUGGUCGCAUACGGGCUCUACAAAGCACCUCAGCUCAGCGUGCAAGAAGCUUACGACUUCGUCAAGUCAAGGAGUAAGUGGAUCGGGCCAAAUAUGAAUUUGAUCAUGCAGUUGCAAGAAUUCCGAUCUAGCCUCGCG